AUGACAAGCGCACAUGGAACUUCCCAAAUGACAGAUCAUCUCACCUCGGUGCAUGUACCUAAUGGGUCCAUAGCGUCGAAAUCAAUUACGAUGGGCCGGAGCCCUUGGAUAAGUGCGGACAGUUGGCCUAUGCCCGCAUCAAGGGCAGACGCCGCGGAUGGUUUUAUAAACAGCGGGCCCUGCAGCGUUGUAGAUCCUUUCGAGCCGGACUGUGUGUUUCAUGGAUCUGCCGUUCAGGUUCACUGGAAUCACGUUGAUUCCCCUUCCAAGGCAUGUGGGGAACGAAUGCAUACCUUCUUGUUUAAUCCACCAUCAGAUGCUGAGCAUGGCGGAGAAGCGUUGCAUUUGGAGAAUCCUCGUGCUGGGGGAGUUCGCACUCCAUUUACUUCCACCUUAGCCACUGGGCCGCCUGGGACCCCACGAUCAUCUUUAUACCGCCGCCCCUCUCUCGUAGACAAUUCUCACGUACAUCGUAGUCUCUCGCUUCGCUUGUGGAGUCACGAAUUUGAACCAAAUUCCAAAUGUGACGCUUCACUCGAAGAGGCGGAGACGUAUUUACGGAGCCGUACGAAUCCGUCUCUGGUUUCCAGAUACGGGCGGUCCAGUGUAUGUAGUGCUAGUAGCCAUGGCAACAGAUCUCCGCAGAUGUGUCGUGGUGAGACGAUUGAGGAAACGCUCUCACCGUUAACGAUCCCAUCUAUGCCAGAAGCACAAAAGCGGACCACACGAUUGACCAGUGAUCCUGGUCCCUUUUUUCACAGUUGCAUCAGCUCGCGUCGUUCCAGCAUUUUAUCCCGCGCUGUCAUCCCUGCAAAUAGUAUGCCCGCUGAUUCACAGGGAAUAGAUAGUGGUGCGGUAUCAACCACAAAGAAACAAUACGGGCCCUGCUCAGGGGAAAGAGCGUUGCCUACAUCGUCUUGCGAGGCGAAUUCUUUGGUACCGAAAACAAGCUACCGAGAACAAUUGAACGGCGACAGGGAUGUUCUUGUUGGGAUAAUUGAACAAUUAGAAGCGAGACUUCAGCAAACGGAGUCAACAUUGGCGCAACUAGUAGAGAGGUUCGAAUCACGCGAAGCUGAGCUAGAACAACGUGUGACAGAGCUGCAGCAAAUGGUAUCAUUGGUGGGUUCAGCUGCGAUGACGUCAAUGUCACGUUCUGAUUCAGUUGGUGGAACAAGAGAGCCGUCACGCGCCAUGGAUGCUUGA